AUGGCCUGCCCUCUCCUGUCCAACGCCGCUGCUGUCCCUCUCGCCGCCAAGGACUCUGCUAAUGAGGUUGUCAGACCCGACAUCUCAUGGAUUCCCUCGUACAAGGUGUUCAAGGACAGGGUCGAGACCCUCAAGGCCCUGUACCCUGACCGCCCCAAGACCGUCCCCUCGGGCUGGCCAGCUGAGAUCAAGACAGCCCGGGCCUGGGCUGGCUCUGACUUCAAGUCAGAGGAUGAAUACAUAGUCAAGCUCAGUGCUGAUGAUGUGCUCGAGAUUGAAGCCGGACUGGCUCACUUCAAAUCCCUGCCCGGACUCAGUCCAAAUGACGUCAACCCGAGCACCUUUCCGCUUCCAAAUCUGAGCAGCCGGCUCGAGCAGGCCUCGGAGACGAUUCACGACGGGCGGGGUUUCGUUGUGCUGCGCGGUCUGCAGCCGGACAAGUACUCCAACUUUGACAACAUCCUUCUGUACCUCGGCGUGACCAGCUACAUUGCCGAGAGACGGGGCAUGCAGGACUUUGAUGGGCGGAUGAUUCUGCACAUCCAGGCCAUCGCCGAGGACGUAAAAAAACACGGCAGCAUGCCCAACUCGCCUUAUGUCACGCGUGCCCAGCCCUUCCACACCGACCUCUGCGACGUGCUGGCCCUGUACGCCCUCAACGUUGCCGCAUACGGGGGGGAGUCGCACCUCGCGUCCUCGGCCAAAAUCUACAACGAGCUGGCCAGAACCCGGCCCGACAUAAUCGAGGUGCUGGCCAAGGACGACUGGAUCUUUGACGAAUUCUGGCAAGGCCAAUACCACACCCGUCCCCUUCUCUACAACUUCACCUUCCACGGACCAGGCUUCCAAUUCUCCCGGCGCCCCCUCACCGGCUCUCACUUCUCCCCCCACCACCCUUCCGUACCCGCCAUGUCCGAACUCCAAGCCGAAGCCCUCGACGCCGUCUACUUCCUCGCCAAAGAACACUCCCUCGAAAUCCGUCUUCGCAAGGGCGACAUGCUGCUGUUCAACAACUUCGCCAUGCUGCACGCGCGCAGCGGUUUCGCCGACGACGCGGCCCGCGGGCUGCAGCGCCACAUGCUGCGUCUGUGGCUGCGCAACGAGCGGCGCAUGUGGAGGACCGAGACCAGAAACGCGCAGCUCGAGCGUAUUGCUUGGGAGUGUUAUGGUGAUCAUGACCGCCGCCGGGAACUUGCUGUCUGGGACAUUGAUCGCAGCCCGCCCGAGUUGAGGGUUCAGCAUCGCCGGUCGAGUUGUGCUUAG